AUGGGACAACCUGUCAGGCUGCCUCUUACCACGGCCAGCUAUGUCAAUGACACGGGCGUCCCUCAGCAAUCGCAAACGCUGAGCAUUGCCGACUCCGUAGUGAUGCAGUCGUUUGAAUAUGCUCUGCUGGAACUAGCUGGCCUCCCCGGCAUCGACGACCCAAAAUUUAAUCAAUUAUUUGAAUACCCAGCUCUUGCCCAAAUGAGAGUUUUGGAUCUCUGGCCGCGACUAGACGACACUCGUUCUUGGAACUUUUGUGCCCAGAUGCUGCUCUCCUUCGCCAACCAGUUCGUUCAAACUGGCGAAAAUCCCUUCAUUGACAAAUCGGGCGUGAUGUCGUACAUUUUGACAACCGCCUUUAGCGUCUCCGCAGCCUACUCGGCUCGCACAGAUGCGACGAAUGGUAUCUUUCAGCGGAUUUUAGUUACCGAAGUCUGUAAACUGGCGACAGCAAUCCCGCAUAGCUCAUUUGAGCAACAAUUAGCAGCGCUACAGGCCCUUUUGCUCUACUAUACCUUGAUGUUCUUUGGUGGGGACACGCAAUUGCGAGCCUUGGCCGAGAAACAAGAGGGUUUGUUACAACGGGCAACCAUCGCGCUACAGUCCCAGUGUCUCGACCCUAGUGGGACACCUGCAGAUAGAGUGGCAGAGUGUCAUCGCGAGGCGGCACGUCGGGCGGUCGUGAUAUCAUACCUGCUUCGUGGCAUCAAUCGCGUGCUGCACUAUAAGAGCUGUCAUGUAAUUUGUGACCUCUUAAAUCUACCAGUCUCGCUCCGCCUACCGCCGAGGCUACGUCAGAGUGGCCUGCAAUCAGAGGGCCAAAUUGAUACUAGGGAUAUCGUCACUUACUACGAAUUUGUCCAAGAGUGGGAAAAGGGACGACUGGGGCAAAUUGAUGAGUUUGCCAAACUACUCCUUGUCGCAUGCAAAGGCUUGACUGAGAUUGUUCCAGCCAGCGCUUUCGACGCCACUUGA